AUGCUUUCAAAUCUACACGACAAUACCCACAGGCAGCCAGUGGUCCAGUCUUCGAAAGACAACCAGAAACUCCAACUGAUCCCACAUCUUGAAGCCGCCCAUCGACUUUUCUACAAGCUCCCCCAGCAUGCCAAAUCUCUGGACUGGGUAGACUUCUCCAGACUUGGCAGCUGUGGAUGGACUCUUCAUCAUGCUAACAUGUGGAAAACCUUUCCUACAAUCCAAGCUAAGAUGUGGGACAAGAUCGACAGCUGUCCUCGUCUGACCGAGAAACGCAUCUUUGCCGGGCAAAAACUCCUGAACGACAGAUUUGCAGCGCUACACAAUACUUUUCUGUCGGGCAAGUCAGAUUUGACGGAAUCUCGAGCCCUAACGUUGGACCAAUCUGUGAUGGAACUUGUUUCCUUUCUGCGCGACGAUGAUUUCCUGAAACGCGUGUUUAAGAUCAGAGGCAAGAUGAAAUUCUCCUACGAAGUUAAGAACCGCACUGCUUUCAUCACCCACGGUUCUAUCACAGAGCCAAUUUACACCGUGCUGGACAUUCCCAAGCACAUGCUGACCGUCAAAGAGCUUGCUUUUGGACUGGAGCAGGGACCGUUGCUUGUGCCUCCCUCUGACGAUACUGAUGAUUUCGGGGCUGUUUCCAUGCGCAUCACUAUGGUCGCACUUAUCAUGAUGUUUAGCUCCAUGGUCGAUGCUGGGGUCUGGUUUGGAUAUAUAAAUACGGGCGAUGCCUACGUCUUUUGUCGCAUUGUGCGGGAGUUCCAUGAACAGGGCAAUCCCGUCGUGCUCGAAUACUACCUCUGUGUCCCGUCAAAAGAUGUCCUCAUUGAGCAGAGACUUGACAAUUCCAAGUGGACUCGAUGCACAGCGCUGGGUCAGGUACUUUCAUUCACUUUACAUGCGUUAACGUUCUUUCCCUCUCCUCGCAGCUGGCAGGAAAUGGUCCAUGGUAGUAUGCUUUGUGAGGGUGAGUCGACCAUCAUGAAAGUCCUCGAAAAUGUCAUCUUCAAUCAUUACAACCGCUUCAAUCCACCGCUAGGCUUUGGAUACCUUGACUCCUGUUGGUCUGAGCCAUGGCAUGCUCAAUUUCUGCGACACUAUCCUGAAAACAAAAGCCUUCUCCCAGUUAGUGACUCACCAGUUCAACCGGUACUGUAUGAAGUGCUCUAUUGCACUGCCGCCUGUCUUCUGGGUACCAGGAACAAAGGUCCUUUGGACCCCCAGUGCCCGAACUUCCGCAAACAUGGUGAAAUGUGCCAUCAACUCCAAUCAAUGGAGAUUGUUAAGGGGUUGCAUCAACAACUCGUAGAACGUCAGUUCGAUGCAUUUGAGCGCUUAAACAUUCGAGGCCAAACCGCAUGUAUGAUAAAGGCAACUUUGCUCUCACAUGGAUACACCGUGAUACUCAAAGGUUCCUUCAAUAGAAAGGAAACACAGGAUCGCCUCGUCAACGAAAUAUUCAUCUACCCGCACCUGGCCGAUCUACAGGGAGUACAUAUUCCCGCCUUUCUAGGAGGGUUUGUGUUGGCUCCUCAAUGGACGGCCGGUUAUUUCUGCUAUGGGAUGAGGUUGCAGACUUUUAUGGUCUUGGGCUGGGCUGGUAGGCGGGUUCAAGGGGAUGAUGAUCCUGCUCCCACGUCGGGGCCAUCCGCAAUCGACAAGGGUGCAGCAGCGUUUGAAGCUUUGACUGAAUAUGGCGCAAUCAUUCCAAGUCAAGCCUGGCGCAACAUUCUGGAGGAUGGUAUUUCAGGGCAAGUCUCUUUUGUUGACUUGAUGGACCUUGAGUGGCAACCCGGCACUGUUCCGACAUGCUCCGAGCAACCUUUACGCCUUCGCGCGGAUCCGACUACACCAGAAAAGAAGAACACACAUUCCGAUGGAUCAGAUACUGAUUCCAAAGGAUCACCAACAAGAAAAGUUCGAUUUCGAGAAUGGCGAAGCCUUGAGCCUCAGCCAUCGCCACCGGGCAUGGGGCCUGAGAAUGGCUAA